GAAGCAUUAUGCAUCACCCUAAUCUGUCGGCUAUGGAAUGCACAUCACCAUCGAUCUUCUCGACAUCUCGGCAACAACAGCGCCGCUCCGCUCUGGCCAUGCAAUCUAUGAAUGGGGACAGGCAUCUGUCAUUGCUGCCCCUGGCCAUCCCGAAGCAAAAACACUGCAGCUGGCCAUGCAUCAUGCAUGGCCUUGUUCCCGAAAUUAACACCGCCUUCCAUAUAUGAACUGUUUAUGAUCGACAAUGGCCAAAGGACGAUGGCCACCGGUGGCAGGUAUAAAAGUCGUGGACUCGCAAGCGGAAUGUUGCUUUUGGAUCCACACCUUGCUCGUAACCUCUUCCCACCCUUCUCUGCACCUCAGAAAUGGCCAGCCCAAGCGACAACUACGUCGGCUUCAGAUAUCGCUGCAUCCUCGUCCCAGACUUCAUUUCGGACGAUGCAUUGCGCGGUCAACAUAUCCUCUUCACCAACGAGCUCGCCCCAAGCAUCCAAGAUGCCGUUGUCGCCGGGCUGAGGGACAGUGAGGAAAGCUCACGAAGUAACCAAGCGCCAUCGCCGCACUUUGUCUUCCGUUAUCCCCCUGGGCCACUCCAUCCGGGCGACGUCGAGUACGCCGGCACCGUCAAGGAAUGGAUUGCAGUCGGGAAAAGGCCUGCGAUGGAGCACUUCCAAAGGCAGGCAGAGGAGCAUGCGCGAACACCCAUGAUCGAUAGUUCCGACCGGCCUGAGGCUAUGGACACUCCCCCCGAAGUCACGAUCAACCGCAUUCCGGCCUUGAACAAUGACCCAGAGGCCAUGCGCAGUCACCCUGAGGACAUGUUCUAUCGCCCCGAAGGCAUGACCAAUCCCUCCAAGGUCAUGGUCAACGACCCUCCAGCCACGCCCAGCUACGCCGCAGCGCCCACGCCCUCGACUCAAUCCAAUGGCAAGCCCGCCACUCAGCCUCGUGCCUGUCCACGACCGGAAAUUACGGUCAAACGCGAGGCCACCGACUCCGACAUGGACAUCUCCGACGACGAGGAGGUCGACCAACUUGCAGAAGACGAGGAAAUGGACCAACUCGCCGACGACAACGAAGUCGACCAAUUCGCGGGCAACCGCAAAAUCGAUCAACGCGCAAGCACAGUCGAUGAACUCGCUGGCGACAAUACCUGCGAUCGACCCGCGGGCGACACUGCCGAAAAUGUAGCAGGCGCCGAGCUCGCCGACGAAGACAAAGAGUCACAAGACGACGGCUUCACCGGCAAAAUCGAGGAGAUCGAGCGCUUCGCGCAAGAGCUGGAGGCCAAGCUCGAGCCCGCAGAUGACAGCAUGCCACCGCCGCCGCCACGAAUUGUCGUGCCUCUGCCGCCGCCGAUGGAAGAUACGCAGCAAGACGCCAAUAUGUACGACCUCGAUGCGACGACUCUUCAGUAUCCCGACGACAUUCUACAGUACCCUGAUGACGUGCAGCAAGACGCUGGUGCAACUCAGCAAGACAUCAGUAGCACGGACGACCUCGACGGCAUGACUCUCCGGUACCCAGACGAGGAGCCGCCAACUCCUGAGUCCCCCGAGCCUGCUUUGCUGAGUGAAGGUCCUCUUUAUAGGUUCGCCGACGAGUCGUAUCCGUUCAAGGUCGUCGUCUACCACAAGGGCCGCACCGACUUUAUUGUCGAAGACUUGACUCCAAAGGUCGAAAAUGCGCACGGAGCCGGACUCGCCAGCACCUCCCAGGUCAAGCAACGGCCUAUAACAGUCAACAAUCCGCCGCUUUUCCCCUCUUCAACCGGAAAAAAGUUCUCUCAUAUCCCUCCAUGGUCUGCCUAUUCUACGCCUCGACUACCUUCCGACUAUCCUAGGCGCGCUUCUGUAUCCUCGCACCCUCCGGUCUCUCAGCGAGCUCGCUUCUCCGCGGCACCGUAUCCUCCCCCUACGACUUCUCCCUCCUCCUCGAAACCCUGCUCCUCCGCGUCUACGGGCUCCUGCGCUUCGGUUCCCUCUACGGUAUCUUGUGCCUCCGCGCCCUCCACGACGACCGAGGGUCCCAUGCACAUCAAAUGGAAGGCCUCGCCUUCUCCCCGCGCCCACACGCCGACGUUCGAACACUACAAUUCACGAGGUGGCAAGAAGUGGGAGCACAUCCCCGGAUUAGACCCCCUUGUGCACGAGUCUCGCCCGUGUCCCUGGCCCGUCCGCGUCCCCUUCGACACGACCGGGUCUAAGCCGCUCACCGCCCGCGACGUGCUCACCGCGCUCGCCUGCGACGCCAGCAUCCCAGACACCGCUCAAGCGACGGACAAAUACCCGACCUCCACCGACCUCUUCCCGCGCUGCGGCGCGCCAGUUCGCCCCACGAAGACCGCCAUCCUGAAGCACAUCCACAAGGAUCACGGCGUCGACAUCAAGGCCGACGAGUUCUUCUGCCCGAUCUGCGUGUGCAGGAGCACCAUCGAGGCGAUGCAAUCGCGGCCGGUGGGAUACUACAGGCUGUACAAGUACAAGGGCGCGGCGCCGGAGGUCCUCGACGAAGCGCUACCCGAGGCGAAGCCGCCGAAGGGGUUGAAGAACAGCAGCGUCUCGAACCAUAUGGGGACUUUGGAGCACUUGAACGGGCGCUAUACAUGCGCAUUAUGUGGUCCGCACCACGAGUGGCGGGACUCGACAGGGUAUUGGGCGCAUGUUCAUGCAGUGCACGUCAAAAUUCUAAAAGGGGACGAGUGA